AUGCACUUCAGCGAUUAUUACAUCAACAGGACACACUCCACCAUCACCACAAAUACUAACGAUGUAAUUGAAGUGAAUGACUUAACGGAAAGCACACUUGACAUUUUAACGAGUGAAUUAACGACAAAAAUUAGAAACUUAUGGCUGGGCGAAUGGUUGCUCCCCACGAGUGAACUAAGUACAAACAAUAACGUCAGUGCUGUUCUUGACGCAAAUAACAACUACAACACUACCGGUAGCAGUGACAUUUAUUUGAAUACGAACAACAAUCGCACAAAAAUAUUCUUUUACAACAACGACUCCGUUUCGACAACAAUUUAUUUAAGUAGCAGCAGCAACAGCGAGAGCACCCUCAAUAACUAUUGGGCUUUGCUGGCAUUGCUGCUUGUCGUGUGUACCGCUGCCGGAAAUAUAUUGGUGUGUCUAGCAAUAACAUGGGAGAGACGCUUACAAAAUGUUACAAAUUAUUUUUUAAUGUCACUAGCAAUAACAGAUUUAAUGGUUGCUAUUCUUGUUAUGCCAUUGGGUAUUUUAACAUUAGUCAAAGGAUAUUUCCCCCUCCAUUCCAUUCACUGUCUCGCCUGGAUUUGUCUCGAUGUGCUCUUUUGUACAGCUAGCAUAAUGCAUUUGUGCACAAUCUCCAUCGAUAGAUACUUGUCGUUGCGUUAUCCGAUGCGAUUUGGGCGAAACAAAACUAAAAAACGGGUCACGUUAAAAAUAGCAUUCGUGUGGUUGUUGUCGAUAGCCAUGAGCUUACCGCUUAGUCUUAUGUACUCCAAGGAUAAUUCGUCGGUUCUCGUCGAGGGAACUUGUCAGAUUCCAGAUCCAGUUUACAAACUUGUGGGCAGCAUUGUUUGUUUCUACAUACCGUUAGUGGUCAUGUUAGUUACGUAUAUGUUGACUGUGCGGUUAUUGGCACAGCAACAACAGAAUCUAGGUGGUACACCAUCAACAUGGAAUGCGCCAGGAUGGUUGUCACAGUCACAAGGAUUAGAACGAAAAAAUACGUGGAAAACAGCAUUAAGAAAUAGUUUAUCGUCAACCCCAAACCACGCACAGUCCGUGGCGUCGACAGAAACGGAGUUAUCGACAUUAGAUACGCACGAAUUAUGGUUACCCGAAUCAAGCGUUCCAGAGCCUGCGCCAUCAACUAUGACCGCAUUGCAUUUAUUUGGUGCAGAAAUGCUCAAAUUAUCACGCGGCUUGGAUUCAGUGUCGCCAAAGUUGGAACGCAAAGAAAUAACCAUAAAGCCUUUAUCGAGCCAGAACGCGUGUGACGUCGAGAAGCAAAAGUCGUUGUGCGAAAAGAAAGCUGGCACUUUGAACCUAAGCAAAACCUUUCAACAUAAAAGUUUUACAGAAAGCGAUCAGGGGCAAAUACGGAAGAAACGUCGAGCCUCAACAUGGGUGAAACCGACAUCCCCAACUGACCAUCAUCGGACGCUGCAACGAGCAAAAAGCCUACCUGCGAUAAUUGCGAAUCCAGACGACGCGGAAAUUCCGUCAAGGACUAUUCCGGAAUCAAAGUCUGUGGAAAACGGGUCACUUUUGUUGCCACCGCCCUGUACGUGUCCCUAUUUUGGCGAUCAUUCGAGCCAUACGCCCCCAGUCAUGAAACAAACCGAGGUGAAAAUAAUUACAACGUCAAAUUCGUUCCUCGCAAAUAUUGACAAAACGAUGGAACGCAUACCGAAUUUCGGCACAAAUGUAGCGCCAUCGAAUGCUAACAGUCAUGUUUCGAUAGUAACGGCUGUUGUGGCAAACAGCGCACCAAAUCCAAACGCCACAUCAUUGAUGACGAGUUCCAUGUUAAAAGCACAAAUCCACGCUGCAUCGACGACAACGACAACGUCCCAUAAGCGGUCAGAGUUAUCGUUGCCAUCGACACCCGUGCGUAAAUUGUCCUUUGGCAAAGCUCCGUCGCAAGUCACGUGGGAUGCAUCGCGUCGCAACAAUCGUCGCGGCAGUAGUUUUGGUGGUGCGCGAACGACAUUGCUUAGUGCACCGCUGAAAUCGUCACUUUCGGUGUCGCCCAUCCGACGAUCUGCAACGCUGCGGUACAAAAAUAGCAUGUCGUCCGACAUGAAUGCCUCCUCAAGUCCCUGCCUUCUGCAGAAAAGCACAACAAUCCGAUCGCAUCACUCACGGAACUCGAGUGUUAUUGUGAAAAAUAGCUCGCGCCAUGGUCGCAUAAUCCGCUUAGAGCAGAAAGCCACGAAAGUACUUGGCGUGGUAUUUUUCACGUUCGUCAUAUUGUGGGCGCCAUUUUUCGUGCUUAACUUGCUGCCGACUGUGUGCCCCGAGUGCGAGACACAAAUCAAUCAUGCCGUCUUCGACUUUGUCACGUGGCUCGGCUAUGCAAGUUCCAUGGUCAAUCCCAUAUUUUAUACAAUCUUCAACAAGACUUUUAGGCAGGCUUUUAAGAAACUGCUGCUGUGCAAGUGCAGCGAUAGCGAUUGGCGACCGAGCGGCAGAUAGCACAUCGCCGUCAAGAAACGAACGAGCGGCACGGACAUUUAACUGAUGGAAAUUUAUGUGAUUUUUUGACCAGUAUUACGACAACUCUGUAUCACGAUAACGUUUCAUUGGAUGUAAACACACAACCUAAGUAAAUACACACACAUACAUACGGGAUAGGUAAACAAGUAACUUGAUAAAAUAAGUUGUUUAAAAAACUACCAAUAGAGGAAAUUUGUGUACCAAUUAGUAGAAUUCAUGACAAAAAUGUGUAAUUUGUUGUUGUAUAUUAUUAUUAUUACCAAA